AUGGCUCAGGUCUCCACACCGCAGAGCCUGCGGGCUGCCGCGCCCCGCGCGCCCCGGCUCCCGCGGAUGCUGAUGGCCUGGCGCGGGGCCCGCGGGUGCGGGGCGCCCCAACACCCUCGCUUUCCCCUCGCGCCGGGAUCCCAACCGUCACCGAACCCUGCGCGCCGGGACUCGGCGGAGCCGGCGGGUGUCGGACCCCUCGGAGGCCGACGCCGUCCCCAAAGUCGCCGAGUCGCCUCGCCGCUCCUCAUGGGCGGCUACCUGGGCAAAUGGGGGGCUCCGCCCCCCGCGGCCGAGGGGGCUGCAGACCCGCCGCAGAGGCCCGCGACCCGCCAGCCCUCCCAGGCUCUUCACCAGCUCCACCGGGUUCAGCACGUCCACCGCGCCCACCCUGCGCCGCGGCUCCGCCCGGGCCGGAGGCCGCGGGACUGGGACCCCGCCAACCCCGCCUCGUGGGCAGCGAGUGAGGCCUGGAGGCGCUUCCCCAUGCGGCGCCCCCAGCGUUCCAUCGUGGGGCCGCUGCCCGCGGACUGGUGGGAGAGCUACCUGAAGCGCACCAUCUGGUCCCUCCGGCACCCCCGGGCAGUGUGGAGCCCCGUGACCGUCAGAAUCACCCCCCGGGCGCAGCGAGGGCUCCGCGCCGGGCCCCGGGCGCAGACCAUCCGCUCGGCAGGGGCUUCCGCCUCGGAGACGCCCCCGGACCCGCGUGCGAAGGAGACGGUGCUCCGGGUCCUCAGAGAGUCCAAGCCAGGGAGGCUGCGGCCGGAGGAGCCGCCGCCCCGGGCCCCCGCGAGGCCUGACAGCAAGCGGGGAAGCCCCGAGGCCACAGUGUCUGCGUUCAAGCCUCUGGGGCGGAGUGGGAACCCCGCAGCCUUCGUGCCCAACCUCGGGCCUCUUAGCUUGGGCCAGGGCUUGAACAGGAGGCCCAGCUCCUGCUCCCUGAGCUCCGUGGCCAGCUCGCGUCCAGAGGGCCCCAUGGGCGCCAAGAGAAACGCGAUCAUCAGCUCGUACAGCUCCGCCGGAGGCCUCUCCGAGCCUGGGAAGAGACAAGCGCCCCUCCCGAUUCCCGAGUGGCCGGUGAAGAAGAAGAGCGGUCCUCAGCGGCGCGUGCCAGGCCCACUGGCCUCAAAGGAGCCCCCAGCAGCGUCCGGCAGCCCCGGGCCGCGACGCGAGGAGACUCCACAGCUGCUCGCUGGCCCUGAGCCCCCGCUGGCCCUGAGUCCAUCCCUCCAGCUCGGCUAUGCAGUCCCCGCUGAGGACCUGGCCUCGGGGACAGAAGGUAGGCUUCCGUGGAGCAGCAAAACCAAGAAGGAUGUCACGGAUGCCACCGCAGACCCUGCACCUGACUCCCAGUCUGCGGCUCUGCCUUCCCUGUCCCGCACCCUGUCUCCUGCAGGCCCCGAUCCAGCCGAGGGCGCAGAUCCUCAGGUGGCAUCUCCAGGCCCAUGGGCCUCCCCAGAGCCUGCGGGAGAGAGAACCAGUAUGGUCCACUCGCCUCCGGAGAUGCCCAGCCUGCUGGCCCCACUCAGGUGCUCCGGGCCAGAACCCCAUGCAGGCCCCUCUGCAGGCUCAGAGUCCACAGCUGCUGUCACCUUUCUGACCCCCGUUCCCCCCACCUCACCUGUCACUGACACCACAUGGCUACCCUCAACCUGUCAGGCUGACACGUCUCCCACGCCCCCGGACCCACCUGCCAUCACCCCCAUGGCACCCUCGGCAGAAAGGACUGCGUUUGGAGGGGUGAGGAGGCCGGUUCACCAUCUUUCUGCCUCUGCACCGCCUGCUGCCGCCUCUGCUGACCCCACAUCAAAGCCCAGUUGGAGGUCCCCACCCAACAAUGAGGCCGGAGUCUCCUUACCUUCCAGCAUCUCAGCCACAACAGCAGCCCGACCUCCUCCAGGCCUCUCAACGCCCACCUUCACGCCCGUCUUCGGCGGCAUCGAACCGCUUAGAAAGAGGCCUGCGAUCACUCCUUUCUCCUUCGAGCAGACCUCUCCUCCAGGUCCUUCUGCUGCUGCCCACCUCUUCCACAGCCUGGGCAAGAUCAGCUCUAUAGCCACCUCCACCACCCCGGUCAGCACACCCACAGACUCCUCUCUCAAGCCACCUCUGGACUUUGGUGGAGCAGGUGUUACCAGGACCGUAGGCAACAAUUACUCUGACCCUCCCCCUCCUCACACUUUCCCCUUUGGGGCUUCCCAUGCCUUCAGGGCCAAUUUCUCGAGCCCAGUCAGCGGCUUCACUUUCCCAGCUCCCCAGCUUUCUACCAUUCCCAUGGUAAAUGUGGGCAACAUCUUCAGCCAGGUCUUUCCCAGCUCUGUCCAACUAUCCCCUAGGGAAACCGCUGCCCAUUUUAAGGGCAAGGUCAUCCCCCUGUCGCCCUCAGCCCUUGUAACCUCAAGCCAGCCCACAUUGUCAUCGGGCAUCUCCAACCCAACCUCAGCACUCACCGCUUCUUUGGGGUCAAGCUCAAAGCCACUUUUCCCACAAUCCCUGGGAGUCACGCCCCAGCCUGUGUUUGGAGCCCCAGGUGGGCAAAGGCAAGCGGCUCUCCAACCAGCCCUUAGCCCAUGCUUCAAGAGCUCUUCUGUUUUUGGAAGCUCAGCAGUGGUAUCCCCAAUCCCAGCCUCAACUCCAGCCCAGCCAGCCUUUGGCAGCCCCACACAGUCAGCAUUUGGGGUGUUGACACCCUCUGCCUCCACCUUCCAUGUCCCUGCCAGCAUCCAGACAGGCACAGGCAUCACCCCAGCAGGCUUUCUCUUGGGUCCAGCUAGUGCCACUAGUUUUGGGGUUGUCUCCCAGACCCACCAGAGUGGGGCUCAGACCUCAGUGUUCGGCAGCACAGCCCCACGACCUUUUGCCUUUGGGGGGUUAGUGACCCCUAUGGACUGUGGGGAGUCUGGGGACAGCAUGACCAUCCCAGACAUGAGCUCCAACUCUGGAGUGUUCUCCAUGGGAGCAAUGCCCGGUAGGGCCACAUAUACCGUCACACCCUUUGGAAAAGGCUGGAGUCAGAACACCCAGGGCCUAACCCCCCAGAACACACCCUUUGCCUUGGGGAGGCCCAGUAUUUCUACCAGAAAGAUUGUGUUUGGAGGCCCUCCCAUGGCCCCCUUUGCUCACAGCCUCCCUGUCCCCAGACCAGUUAAGACAGGCAGUAGCUUUGGCUUAGGGAUUCCCUCUCCACCUGCCCAGUGCUCCCUUGGGAGAGGGUCUUUCAGAUCAGCAGUCCCUUCAUUUUCCAUUGGUGCCAAACCCAAAACUCCAAAGAAUCGGGAGUCGGGGCAUUCCCGAAGGCAUCAUCCUCACAAGAAAUAG